AUGGAAAGGGUCGAGGUUCUGAGAUCACUAUUACAAUUAUCUUGCGAAGAUAAAUAUAUCACUCAGCUUGAUGGUGAACUUACUACUUACUUUGAUCUUCUUACUGGUGUCAUUGUGGAAUCCAAUGACUCAAUGUCUCCAUAUUCUCUGGCUUCGGAUGAAAUGUUUAUCUUGACUUUGAAAUGUCUCGUAAAUUUCUGCGCACGGACUGACCUCGCUAAAAGACUUUUUGAGUGUAGCAAAGCAAAACGGAGAGUUGAUCUUCUUACCUGCCUAGUUUCAUUUGCAUUUUCUGAUGUUAAGGAAGAUUCGCGAAACCUUGGUACUUCCCUUCUUGUUAACCUUACGACAAUUUCUGAAUGGGUGGAUAUUUUCUGUAAUGAACCUUUCGCGAAUAUUAUUUGUGGGAAAUUCAUUAACAAACGUAGUCCUUCUUGUUUGGAACUGAAACUCAUUCUCAAUCUUACAUCGUCGGCUAGGAUGCGACGGUAUAUUUGUGAAGAACGGUCUGCAUUGUCUACACUUCUUCGUCUUUUAUCUGAAAUUUCCGACGCAGAAUCUCGAAUGGCAAUUGCUGGAAUCUUCAGAAAUUGUUCUUUUGAAGAAGAAUACCAUGGUCGAAUUUGUUUUUUAUCGAACGAUAUUUUGUCCGAAGUUCUUGUGCGCUUAUGCGAUCAAAGUGAUGAUAUCUCUGAAGGUGAUCGCAGCAAGCUACCUGAUCGAGUUCGCGAAGUUUACGAAUUAAAAAUAGCGAAGAGAGAGGAGGAUGUUGGGGUUAAAAUUGCCCUUUGUGAAUCCCUGCUCCAGUUAUGCGCAACGAAGGAUGGUCGUUCUCAUCUACGAAGUUUGGGAGUUUAUUUCAUCCUUCGCGAAAUGCAUCGUCAGGAAUGCCUUCGUGAAGAGGAACUAGAUAAAUCUGGUCGGAAAACUGAGCUUCGUGCACAAAAGGGACUUGUUUACACUAUUGAACAAGUUGUAGAUCAGUUAAUUUGUGAAGAAAAUGAACGACCUGGUUUUAAAAGUCUUCGUGAUGUCCCUCUUGAUGCUCAAACUGAGGAGAAAUUGGAGAAGGUUAAGACCGAUUUUGUGAACGUUAACUAA